AUGUUGCAAAUGUUGCUCCUUUUACCUGGCAUAAUAGCGGAAUCAUUUUGGAUGACCGCCGAUUUGCUGAGGGUGGACUGGAGUGAGGGAUGUUUAACUACUGCCGGUUGUUCUCACCCCAGAUUUGAGAAUGAUCGCUUCCAGAUAAUUGGUGAUUUGCUCCCACUAACUGAGGAGAUCUCUAUCAGUUGGACUAUCUCCGAGCAUUUUGUGCAGGAUACCUCGCGCUCAUUCGUGUCCCAUUGGGCAAAAGGUAAGCCGAAAGAUCUGAAGCUCAGGUGCCAGGUGGUUGGCACCGAUCCGCUCUAUGGAUUUCCACGAGUCUGUGACCAUACCGCGUUAGUUCGGGCCUUUCCGGAUGGAAUCGACGAAUUCUUGGAACGGAGGCGACGCCAGGCGACAGUCACGACCACCCCAAUGCCAGAAGAGGAACUGGGCAAAAGGCUGAUUGAAAUUCGGGCCAGAUGUUUUAACGCCACUGUGGCAGGGGAGAAGCAUACGGAGAGAUGUCCAUGGUGCCCGGACCCAUCGGAUGUGGCGCUCAUCGAACAGAGGAUACCAGAGGAUCCAUCGUCAGCCUCUUCAACUUCGAUUUUUUCCCGAUUAAAGAGUGACGAGAACAUUUUGCAAGCUUCUGUGUUGACACUGGCAGCGAUCUCUGUUUUGACUUCGAUGAGUUUUGCUUGUGCACUUGUUGCUCUUCUUGGACAGAAAAGGUCUCAUCGGCAGAUUACGGUAAAGACGCGCUGUCAGCCAUAUUCUCCACCAAACUGCAAAAUCUCAGAGGAAGAGAAUAGAUACGAUAUGCCAUGGGAACAAACACUUCCGCUUACAUAUUGCCUUUCUUCUUCAUCAAAGUCAACGACGACAUCACCGCUGGACUCGACAUCGUCGUUUGGUGCAUCUUCUGCAAUUGCCAACCCAUAUAGCUUCCGACCCGGGUGCACGUUACAGCAGACGCAAAUUUACCAUCAUGUCUCUCCAAAAUCUUCCACAACUGCCGGACGUGACUCUGGAUUGGGAUCCGUCUAA